AUGAGGAACGUGGUUCGACAGGUAAAGCCCAGGGUCCACCACUGCCAGCGAGGGCGACCGCUCCUUGCCACCUGCCACAAGCCCCACCAGCUGGUGCCGAGCUCCGCCGUGUUGGGCGACGACCGCUCCUGUGGCGGCCACUGCCGCUCUGGUGGCGGUCGCGCUCCGGACCCCGCGAAGCCUGCGCCCGCGCCGCCUCCGUAUACCCGGGGUCUCGCCUGGCUCGGCCGCGUUGGGCGACGACCCUUCCUGCGGCCGCCACUGCCGCUGCGGCGGCCUUUGCGCUCCGGCGGCCGCGCAGGCCACCGCGUGCCAGCCCCCGCGGCGCCUGCGGCCACGCCACUGGCGCCCGUGCCCGCGGGGUUGCCCCGUGCGACCGUGCUGGGCGGCGGCCGCUCCCGUGGCGGCUGCUGCACCGCUCUGGCGGCGGCCGCGCGGCGGCCCUUCGCGGAGCCUGCAGCUGCGGCCACGCCCCCCGAGUCGAUGCCUCGGGGGAGUGCCCAGCUCGGCCGUCCUGGGCGACGGCACCAGCUGCGGCGGCUAUUACCAGGGGUGUCAUUCGCCCAACGGAGGGAGCUGCCGCACUGCCGCGCGCCGCCGCGGUGGCAGGUGGUCGGCAGCGACGGCGGCGUCGACUCUGCAGCGGCGACGGGCCCCGAAGCUCGAGGCGCAAGUGGUUAUAGGCAGCAUUGUGGGAUGCAGCCUGCCGUGGCGCAGCGUUGGCAGACCUGUUCGGUGCUGUGGUGGCAGCGUCUCAAGCAGCGUGCCUGGAUUAAUGCUGUAUAG